CUUUGCGUGAAAAAGACACUUUUAAACGCUGAAGUGCUAGUUAUAGGUGUCGCCCAAACAGUAGAAAGCGCUUUUGCUGCCAUUGUUUUGGACCUCGUGCGAACCCGUAGCUGUCUCUUACCUGUUUUUUAAGCUUGGUUCCAAGUGUAACUGAUUUAUCCCCGGUCGUGGCAAGUUACUCUUAAGAUGUAUCGAAGAUUUUCAUUUCCUCAGAUUUUCUUAGCAACAUUGCUAGGAGUUGCUGGUGGGGUGUACAUAUAUAAGCCAAUGUUUGAACAAUAUGCAUGGGAACAGAAACACCCGAAACAGGAGGCUUCGACUAUUGAGACAGUGGGAAAAAAGAGUGAAUAAAUUGUGAUUAAAUUA